AUGUCUAUUGACAUUAUGUCUACGGAAGCACGGCGGCGGAGAGUUGCCAUGGAAACCGGGGGACUACCGUUGGUUUCGACGUUCGCGCUCCUAACUAUCGUUGCAGGUCAGCUGCAGGGGUCAGGGUAUAGCGAGGCAGAGCCGGAGUUUCUUUCUCCAUUGGAGAAUAUUACAAUUGCUCAGGGACGUGAUAUCCAUUUCACGUGCACCGUCAAUCAUUUGACCAAAUUUAAGGUGGCGUGGAUAAAAUCGGACACGAAGACAAUUCUGGCUAUUCACACGCACAUGGUGACCAUCAACCCGCGGAUAUCGGUUACACAUAACGGCCACAACACAUGGAAGCUUUACAUCGCCAGCGUAGAGCCGAAGGAUUCAGGCACCUACAUGUGCCAGAUAAAUACGGACCCUAUGAAAAGCCAGACUGGUCACCUGUCAGUUGUAAUACCACCUGACAUUGCGGACGGCGAUGGUUCCGAGGCCGGUGCACCCGAGGGAGGUUCAGUUGAACUCCGAUGUACCGCAACUGGCGUCCCAGAACCCACUGUAUCUUGGAAGCGGACAGGAGGACGAAAUAUCGUGUUUAGGGACGAAGAUGGAAGUGAACUAAAAGUGACAGACAGCUACGUUGGUACUACACUUUCGCUGAAAAGCCUUAAGAGGACCGACAUGGGAACUUACCUUUGUAUCGCCGCUAACGGCAUCCCACCUACGAAGAGUCGACGUUACGAGGUCUCCGUAUACUUUGCGCCGAUAGUUCAAGUUGUAAGCUUGAUUGUAUGGCGUUCAGCGGACAUGCAAGUCACUUUGCAAUGCUACGUGGAAGCGUCACCGAAGGCACUCACAAUGUGGCAGCGAGGGAAAUCACAAUCGGGUGCGAAGUUAUUAAAUAGCUCAAAAUACAUCAUAUCUGAAGAUUAUCUGAAUGAAUAUGCAAUGCGUAUGAAUUUGACGAUAAACCGCCUAAAGAGAACUGACUUUGGAGAGUACACUUGCGCUGCAAGUAAUGCUUACGGGAAAGCUAAUGCUACCAUACUCCUUAAAGAGACGCCGCAGAAAACAACAACAACAACAACAACGACGACAACAACAACGACUACGACGACAACAACAGAGCGCACGACAAUCGCAACAACACGGCCCCCCAAACGCCACAAGAGCCAAGACAGAAAUCAGAAUAGCCUCGAUUUAUCAUAUAUGAAUUUCAACUUUUACAACACAAACGCUUACAGUCCAGCGAACAACAGUCAUAAUGAAUACGCUCAAAGGACUGAGAAGCAGAAAGUGCGCCCUUCCGGUCCCCCUCGCUUCUACGUUUACAACAACGCCGCUACAUAUUACAUGCAUGCUUUUCACUUUAUAGUAAUUUUAUCCAUUGUA